AAUUUCUCAAUUCACUAAGUCGGCUGGGUCCAGCCUCUUCGGUUGUGUGUGUGCUCAGUUUUUAAUUGAUAACAGAAAUUAAAUUGUAGUGUUUUUUGUGGUUGGAAUUGGACAUACCUAAUAAAAUUCGGAAUAAUUAAAAUUAGGUGACACAGUGCGGACAAACAUUUUGUCGCUGAAAUUAAAUGGAUACUUCUCGGAUAUCAGUUUCCGCUCUGGGCCGCGAUGUGGUGGUCGGAGAUCUUUACAACUAUUACACCGACGAUAUCAUGAAAAGUAAUAUUGCAGUACCUGUCGAAUACGUACGCGUCGAGCACAAAGCCAUUCCAGAAUCGGAGCGCUCCUUUUUCUUCAACCAACCCGCCAAAUUCAAACCUUCUUUACUUGGAAUCAAUUCACAUGUCCAGCAAAGCAUCGAGCAAGGAUUCGUGGACCUCGAUCAACUUUGGUUCGCCGAAUUCUUGCGACCCAAUGUGACAGAAUCCCGUGAUAAUGAGGCCAUAGUCACCGCCUUCUUCCGCGUUGUCAGACGGACUGAAACUCUCGAUCGACAAUUCCUCGAAUCUAAAAUCUACGACUAUCAGCUGGACAGCGGCGGACGGGCCACGCAUUUGGUCGAACAGGUCGUCUACGGAUCCGAGCUGAUUUGCUCCAUGCGCCGGACCGUCGACUGGCGUCGGGAAACCAAGGAAAGCGUCGAAGAAAAUAUCUAUUUAGUAGCCAAAGCUUAUUUUGAGCGGAUUUUCGGACCAAAAGCAACUAGUAAUAAUAAUAUCGAUCCUCCAGCCGAACUGGACAAACUGUCGUGUAGAAUCCUGAGCAGUUUGGAAGACGUCCAACCGACCGAGACUUCAUUCCGCCAAUCCUGCGAGUUCCUGAGAGACGUCGUCAAUUUCAAAGAGGAUAACCAGCCCGCCAAAUUGUGGCGGCCCAUCUACAUCGUCCGGUGUCAGAUACCCAGGCAAAUCGAGACGCGGAUAUUUUGGGACCGGAUAUCCGACAAGAGGCUCAAGAUCGAGCGCAAAUGGCACUGGAUUUUGAAGGAGAGCCGCAGGAUUUUGAGACACCCGUACCUCAAUCAAAUUCCUCCCAUCGCCAGAGCCGUGUACCAAUUCCUCGACUUGCUGGAGCCCAUUGAAAAGGAGAUCAAGCAAUUCAACUUGAAUGUUAUCGGCAAGAAGUACACCCAGGAGCAAGUGGGGAGCGAUAUUAAAAUUAUUAUCGAUAGCGUCCUGCUGUCGGACAUGGUCAAUUGGCUCAUUCAGAGACGAUGCGAUAUUGACGCCAUGUGUUUGCUGUUUAAAGGCAAACAAAUGGCCAUGUACGACAUUGCGGAAAUCGAAUCCCGGCCUCAUUCGACCAUCGAGAGGCGGGCCAGAGUUUUCGUCUUGAAAGUUGAAUACAACCCGGAUCCGCUGAUGAAACGCGUCCAGAAUUUGAUCGGCGAUCCGAAUCCGAUCAUCAAAAUCCCCGUUUUUCCGGUUAUGUUAUCUGGUGAUAAAGAACGUCUGGCGGUAGUUAGUCAGGCGUUUCACGAAUUUUCAGAAGAGGCUCACUGGUGUUCCAAUGACAAGAACAACUACCAGAUUGGACUGGUUCCGGUUUCUUCCGCUCUGGAUGACGCAACCAUCAAGACGAUUUUGUAUCCUGCCAUCGAGUUUCAUACGCAAACAUGUUCGCCGGUUAUCAGCCAACAGUUAGCUGCCAGUUCUAAAACAGAACAAGAAAGUUAUACUCACAAAGAGGAGGAAUCUCUUCCGUGUCAGCAACCGACUUCUGCGCAGCAUAAAUUAAAGAAUUCAUCUCAGAUUCAUUUAAAAACAACAUCAUCAGCCACACCAAAGCAAAAUCCUUACGAAAAAGUCUCGUAUUUACUAAUGAAAACUUUUUGUCAAGUAUUUAAUGAUUGAGAAUGUUAAC